AUGUCCACAAUCAAUGAUAUCUCAUUUAAUCCCGACUUUUCCCUAGUAUCGGUUGCAACCCACACGGGAAACAAGGUCUUUAAUUGUGAACCCUUUGGCGAAUUAUAUUCAUCUUCAGAGACUCAGCUUCGCAGGACGCUAUCGAAUUCAAUAGACGGCUCCAACACUAAUGAACAGAGUACAGAGGACUCUUCCAGUGAACAACAUCCUACAAAGUUGUUGAAAAUGUUAUUUUCAACUAGUUUAACUAUUAUUGUGCCUGAAGAAAAUGAUUGUCGAUACUUGAAAGUCUUUAACCUCAAACAGAAUCUUAAAAUAGUCGAUUUGGAGUUUGAAGCUAGUAUUUUUGAUGUCAAGUUGAACAGAAAGAGAUUAGUUGUUGCAUUACAAAAUGGGGAACUCCAUAUAUACGAUUUAAGCUGUAUCAAACUACUUUCGGUAUUGAAACUAAGUCCAACAACCAAUGACACAUUUGUGGGGGAUUUGAGUAUUGAUGACAAAUCUUGGCUAUGUGUUCCGGUGAGUGCCAUCAAAGAAGAUAGUGUAUUUAUCAAGCCCAAAAGAGACAGCAAUGUAUCAACGCACCCAACAGAUCUGAGCAAUCUUCAACAAUCACAUCCACAGGCGUACCUUGAUGAGUAUGUAGAAUUAACUCCAAAAGUCAAACAAAGCAACAGUUUAUUUGCAGGUCCAAAUAUAACACUAAAGAACAUACAAGAUGACAGUGAAGGUUGGCUCAUGGUUUACGAUGCAUUGAACUUGGCGCCGUUAUCAAUCUUUAAAGCUCAUGACUCUUCAAUCAGCAAAAUAUCGGUGUCUCAUAAAGGUAAUAAAAUUGCCAGCGCGUCAGUCAAGGGUACGAUUGUGAGAGUGUUUGACCUAUCCACUUCAGAGGAUGGCAAAGUUGUAUUAAGUCUGGUCAAGAAUCUACGUCGUGGGCAUAAUGUUGCCAGAAUUAAUUCGCUUUGUUUCAAUAACAACGAAACCAUUUUGGGCUGCGGGUCAGAAUCCAAUACCAUUCAUUUUUUCAAUUUGAUUCAAGAAGCAUCAUCCGAUGAGACAGCAGGAAGUAAUGAUGAAAAUGCACCCGGAGCAGAUCAUGGCAAUAGUUUCAGUGAUUACGAUGACCAAAGUGAUGGAGAUAAUCAUCGAUCUUCAUCAGAGGAGCUCAAUGAAAGUCUUGCAAAUUUACUCGUUUCCAAGUCGCUCAACCCUCCAUCUCAGGAACAGGAAGACACAAAUAAAAAGAACAAGAAAUCAUGGUUUAGCAAAACCAAAAGCAAGUUCAUACAUAGUCCUUAUACAACUUCAAUUUUGAACAAAAUCCCUUAUAGAGAUUACUUGGAUAAUCUUAUUUGGGAGCCUCCGAGACGCUCUUUUGCAUAUAUCAGGUUACCAGAACAUGCUUGGGCCUCCAACAAUAAUACCAAUCACAAUAAAGUUGCAAUUGGCUUUUAUGGUGGUUUAAUCUUGAUAGGAUCGUAUCAAUCAGGCAAGUUUUAUCAUUAUGAGUUGCCCAAGCAGUACCCACGACAUCGCGUUGUUAAAGAUAGUAAGGAAGAACAUGAGAAAAGAGAAGAAUGCUUACUUUUGAAUCAAUACGAGAUGCUACUGUUUUAG